AUGGGAAGUGACUGUUGCACUGUCUGCUACACUGUUGCGUGUAAAGUUGCAGAUUACCUUGAGUCGAUUAACUUGAAUGAUUGUACAAGGCAUGCUUUAGGUCCUACAUCUGGUUCUCUCAUGAAGUCUUCAGAUUUCCAACCAGCUAUUCUAUGGUCAGCUCCUACAAGUCCUUUGAUUCAGUUCCUUAUCUGGUUAUGGAUGAUGGAAUUUGUGCAUCAUAGAUGGAUGUAUAAUAGGAAUCAUCCUAAUCGUGCGGGGUUGAGGGAUGAAACCCCAUCAGGGGUUGCUGAAUUUAUUGUUAAGGCUCAAACACUUGAUGAUUUUCUUAUUGGAGGAAGGAUUAGGUGUCCUUGUGUGAAAUAUAAAUGUUUUAAGUUAUUGAAAUCAUACGAAGUUAAAGUCCAUCUCUACAAGAAAGGGUUUGUAGAAAAUUAUCAUAUAUGGACUGCUCAUAGGGAGAAUCAUGCUAGUUUAGAUGAUGCUAACUUUCAUAAUUCUUUUGGUGGUGAGGGUAACCCCAUUGCGGAGCAUAAUGUUGAAAAUUCUCGAUACAAUAAAAUGAUAAGGGAUGCUUUUGGGAUGUUUUAUGGGGUUCAAUCCGAACCAAAUGAUGAGGCUAAGCAUUUCUAUGAACAAUUACUAGAAGCUAAUCGUCCAUUGUAUGAAGGCUCGGUACAUUCCAAGUUGUCUAUUGCGGUUAGAUUGCUAAGUAUUAAAUCAGAUAGUUCUAUUUUCCAAGCGGUCAUGGAUUCUAUUAUUGGGCUUAUGAAUGAACUUAAUCCGAGUAACAUUGACUUACCAAAAGAUUUCUACACUGCUAAAAAAUUAGUUUCUAAGUUGGGUCUUUCAUCAGAGAGAAUUGAUUGUUGUGAGAAAGGUUGCAUGUUAUUUUAUAAGGAUGACACAUCUCUAGAGAACUGUAAAUUUUGUAAUCAACCUCGUUUUAAGGAAGUCACUAAUGCCAAUACAAAAAAGAAAGUUCCAGUUAAAGUGAUGCAUUACUUACCUCUUAUAUCUAGGUUAAAGAGGUUGUAUGCAUCAAUGAGCUCUACUCCUCAUAUAAGAUGGCACUACGAACAUAGAAGGCCACCUGUCUCUGCUGCACCAUAUUCAUGUUGGCCAGUGUUCGUUACUCCGUAUAAUCUUCCGCCUGAGUUGUGUAUGACAAGUCCAUAUCUGUUCCUAACUUGUAUUGUUCCAGGUCCACACAAUCCGAAAAGUUUGAUUGAUGUAUACUUGCAGCCUUUGAUUGAUGAGUUACAAUUAUUACGACAUCAAGGUGUGGAAACAUAUGAUAUAUCAACCAAACAAAACUUCAGAUUGCAUGCUGCUUUGAUGUGGACUAUAAAUAAUUUUCCUGCUUAUGGAAUGUUGUCCGGGUGGUCGACUGCUGGAAAGUUAACUUGCCCUUGUUGUACGGAAGACACUAAAGCAUUUACUUUGAAAUAUGGAGGUAAAAAUACAUGGUUCGACUGCCACCGUAUAUUCUUGCCAAUGAAUCAUGAAUUUAGGCGAAAUACAAGUGCAUUUAUGAAGAACCGAACUGAUUUUGAGGAGCCACCUGCCUGCUUGUGUUCAGAAGAAAUUUGGAACAGAGUAAAGGAUAUGCCUAAAGUAACAGAGUCUACACUAUCUAAGAUACCAGGUUAUGGUGUCACACACAACUGGACUAAACAGAGCAUAUUUUGGGAAUUACCUUAUUGGAAGCACAAUCUUCUUCGGCAUAAUCUAGACGUCAUGCAUAUCGAGAAGAAUUUUUUUGACAACUUGUUUAACACUAUUAUGGAUGUUACUAACAAGACCAAAGAUAACUUGAAGGCCAGGAUGGACUUAAAGGAAUAUUGUAGGCGAAGUGAGUUGUAUCUGACAUACUUUAACAAAAAGAUUCAGAAGCCCAAAGCCAGUUACACGUUCACCUUGGAUGAGAGAAGAAAGAUUUAUAGUUGGGUUAACAAUUUGAGGAUGCCUGAUGGGUAA